AUGGAAGAUAUACAUACCACUAUACAGAAUACCGUACCAUCAGCAACUGAUACGUUAGCAUCAUAUCUUCCGCGUGUUGAUCAAUUUUAUAUUCCAGAAUGGUUUACCAUGCAAUUUGUGGCAAAUAACCUAAUUAGCUUCACUCCGUUGUUUUCAUAUGGUACUACUAUAUAUAGUAUUGAAAAAUCUCAAACGGCAUUGGGAUUUUCCAUCGAUAUAUGUGCAACAAUGUUGAUAGCAAGUAUAUUAAGAGUCUCGUAUUAUCUGAUAACACCUUACGAAAUUAGUUUACUACGUCAAUCCUUGGUUAUGAUAUUUAUUCAAUUGAUACUAUUAAGAACUAGUUUGAGGUAUCGCCCAGAAGAAUAUAAAUAUCGCAAUUUAAUUACUUUAGAGCCUUUGGCUGAAACUGUUCAUGAAAUUUGGUUUGAAACUUUUGGUUCAUCAAGACCUCCAUUUUUCAGUUCAGGUUGGAGAUCCACAGUGAAAAAUCUUUCAUUCAAAUCAUUCCUUGAUUAUAUUUCAAGAGUUUUUAUUGCUAUAUUUUAUAAAAUUUUAAAAUUCUUUGAUCCAAGUUUUAAAAGAAUAAAAUCCUUUUGGCAAUGGGAUGAAGAUAAAAUGUUCUGGAAAUUCUUGGCAUAUUUUGCAACUUUCCAAUUGUUAAUAACUUUUUUCGUUUCUCAUAUUAUGGAUUGGGAAGAAUUAGCUCAAUGGAUUGGUUCAGUCAUAGGCUCUUUGGGUUUAUUAGUAGAAUCAUUAUUGCCUUUGCCUCAGAUUGCCAUUCUAUAUAAGCUAAAGUCAGUCCAAGGGUUUAAAUUGAUUUUAUUAGUAAGUUGGUUAUGCGGUGAUACAUUAAAGAUCACAUACUUAGUUUUUGGUGCCAAGAAUAUCUCUAUUUUAUUUUUAUUUUUUGCAUUUUUCCAAAUGUCUUUAGAUUUUUAUAUUGGUGGCCAAUAUAUCUUUUACAAAUAUUAUUUCGAAGCAGAUGAAUUAAAAGAAGAAUUGGAAACUUUUGAAUUAAAUGCCUACGUCUCUAGAUCGCCAUCUACAGCACAAAUAUUGGAUGUGGAAAGAGACAGCACUUGUACGGCGGACAUACCAACUCCAAGGCCAAGAACUUCAUCUUUAUAA